UGAACAGACCAUUAUGGCAGCUGAAGUACCGAUUGUGUCGGUCAAACCGGAGACUAGGCCAUGGACCUGUCGAGUGACAGUCAUUGAAAAACAGAAUGUGCGAACCGCAAAGGCCUCGGCCAUGAGAUUUAUGCCUAUGAUACUCAGAGAUUCUGCUGGGAACAGAGUACAGGCGACUGCAUUCCAAGGUGACAUUCAAGGAAUAGAUCAACGGCUUGCAUUGUACUCGACCUACCUUGUCUCAAACGCCUUCGUGAAGCCGAUAACUGACAUGCGCUUCUUGGUUGAUGUGGAAUACCCAUAUGUGUGGUCGUUUACACGCCGCACUUUCAUCCAGGAUGUUGCCGCAGAGACGGGGCAAAACUUCCGCCAACUGGCUGAGGCAGACACCACCCCGUUCAGUGACAUAUAUGAUUCUUAUUUGCGUGAAACUCGUAUCAAUGUUAUGGCUGCAAUUGUAAAGAAAUUGCCAUGCACCUUUGUCUUCUCCAAUGACACUCAAAAACCAGCAUGGGAUGUCGUCCUUAUUGAUUCACAGUGCAUCCCAAUCCCAUUCACUAUGUGGGAGGAAUUCGUCACCCGUCAUGGUCGCGAGAUAGAAAAGUGUCUUCACGCAGGUGAUUUCCCCCUUGUGCUCAUCAACAGGGCUGCCAUCAACCUUUUCCAAGGUUUGACUCUUGCAACUCGUUUUGACUCCCACGUUGAACUCAAUCCUGAUGGAGAACGCGCAUUGCAACUUAAAAAAUGGUCUCAGAGAAGCCAAGAAUGUCCUAUUUGUUCAAGGAAAGUUGUACUAGAAGAGCCUGCAAGCCAAGAUCUGUUGGUUGUAAUGGAGAGUGAAAAUAAUGCCAGGUCAAGGUACAGUUUGCACUAUGCCCCUGAAAUUCAUGAAAGUGGCAGUAUGGAUUAUGCGGAUGGUUCUGAUUUUGAAGAGAGGAUAAUGCGACGUUUUGCUGCACUUACCAGCAAAGCUCGAUCCAUUAGUAGAAUGAUAAGAAUGACGUCUUCAGGGGUGGUUCUUCCUUCUGCACCCACUGAAGCUGGUUCUCAUCUGCAUCACAUAACAGACUACCCAGAAGAGUCUCAAGGAAGAGUUCAUGAAUUUCUUGGGAGUGGUCUACCUCCUUCUAGAACAACAUCUGGCCAAACCACAUCAUUGUCAACCUUUUCAUCUUUAUCAAAUGUAGCCCCUGCUCCUGCAACAGGUGGAGAUGAUUCAACUAAUCAAUGUGAGUCUCCUGAGAGUCCUCAAAGGUCAAGUUCAUCUGACUUGCUUACAUUCUCAGAGUCCAUAAAAUAUAAACUCUCUGCUGCUUCAUCCA